UCGAAUAAUCGUAACUUUGAACUUUUCCUUGCAGGUGCAUCGCAUCACAUAUAUUUUUUCACUGCUGUCAUUUGCAUGUAGAAAAAUAUUUCAUACCAAUUUAAAAAUGCAUUACAUAAUAAUAUUAUUAUUGAUAUAAAUAUAUACAUAAUUAUUUGUGGAAGAUAUCAAACACUAGGAAAAUAAAUUGCAACUGUACAAUUUCAAAUUAACUAAACUCAUGUAUCAGUAAUACAGAAAUUUAUAAACCUGACAAGCCUAAAAUAAUAAUGACAAAAAUAACAGAUCCUAAAUUAUCCGGGGGUAGUGCAAGGGUCAAUAUACACCGAGACUUGGAAACUGGCAAAGCUGCUGAAUUAUUAAGAACUAACAAUUGUUACGUGUGUCAAAAUUUGGAAAAAUCUGCAAUAUUUCCCCUUUCUCGAGAAAAUUGUGACAUUUUGUUUAAUUCGAUCUUGACCGAAGCUUCGAUCAGACAUGGAAAUAAUUUGGACAACGACAAACCUUCGAUUUGCAAACAGUGCUACGAAACCAUACUUAAAAUCGACAAAUUAUACGACGAAGUAGCGAAGUUAGAAGAACAAGUUAAAAAACUUGUGAAUACAUUAAAAGGGAAAUAUGAACUGAAAUAUGGGUCACUUAAACUUGGAGGAAUUAGUCAAGGUACGACGUCGCUGGAUAAUGUAGGAUGCCUUAAAAAGUUUAACAAUCCAAGGAGAGGAAGUAACGGAAAAUCCUAUCAAGGAAACAGUGAUAUGUCAAAACAGUCUCCUCGGUGGAUGAUGGAGGAUGCGAUUAUCAUGGAAUUAUCCGACACCGAAGAUGCAUCAGAUCCUCCUGACCGUGACAGUAACAGUACUCAACCUGAUCUCAUUGUUAAAGAUGAAAAUCAGGAUGUGCAAAUCAUCAAUUUUAUAACCAACAAUUCCAAUACGGACAGUCAUGACCAAAUUGAAGUAGAUUACCAGAAAAGCGACGCAGAAAAAUUUAGUUUUGUUGUUGACGAGACCUCAUCUGGAACACUGGAGGUCGAAAUACCUCCCACUCAAACCAAUUUUAUAUUAUUGCUCGACGAUACGGACAAGAAACAAGUAGAGGACGAAGAGUUGACGGAGGCAGGUUCUCAUAGCCCUGUUAGUAAAAGUCAAGCCAAGCGUUCACUUUCUUCCACAAAACUACACACAAUGCCGAAUAGAUUGUCGUCCUUUAAGGAUUGCGUUGAUAUGAUAUAUAAAUGUUCAAUUUGCAAGGUCGACGUAAAGAGCAAAACAGAAUAUGACUUACACAAAGAACAACACCAUCCAAACGGAGAAAAAGAAGUUAAAAUAAGAACUGGCCCCUUCCCAUGUCCCCACUGCCCAAAGACCUUUCUUCGCCUACAAAGCCUCAAAAGACACUCAAAACUACAUCCCGAAAACAAUAAUUCCUCCCCCUUACUAAUUUGUCACCAAUGUGGGAAACCUUUCACGGACAAGUACCGACUCAACUGCCAUUUAUCAACUCAUGAAGAUCCCAACACCAGAAUCCACCACGAUAAGCGCUACGUCCAAUGCAAAUGCACAACCUGCGGCAAAGAGUACAAUUGCACCCGAAACUUGGCUGACCAUGUUAAACGCGUCCAUGAAGCAAUUCGACCCCACAUUUGUGACCAGUGCGCAAAAACCUUCUACCGGAAGAGUGGUCUCGACUCGCACGUGAAGCUGAAACACGCCGUCACAAAAGAGGAGAAAGCUACGUGUCCCCAGUGUGGCAAAAAGUUUGAUACAAUGAAAGCCAGAAUUUUGCAUGAACGACGAUUUCACUCAGAUUCAAGGAAAGACAAGAUAUUCAAAUGUGGAGAUGAUGCAUGCGGCGCAAUUUUCAUUUCAAACUUUGCCCUUCGCCAGCACCAGAAACGCCACGAGAGAGAAAAGGUCACCUGUGAAAUUUGUGAGCGACAAUUUGAACAUGCGAGUCAACUAAAACGCCACAAAAGUUCAAAAUAUGGUUGUCACCAGAAUGAUAAGAAAGGUUACAAGUGUAGAACAUGUGGGGAAGUUUUCACCACUGGGAGGAAAUUGUGGGAACAUGGUAAUACGACGCAUGGCUUGGGUGAAAGUCGUAACGAUAAGAGGGAGGAAUUUAUACCAGACAAUGUCAUCACUGACGAGACUAAGUUAGCUGUUGAGUCAAUAUUGAUUUUAUCAGGGGAGAUGUCUUAACUCGUGGUGAAAUAAUGUUGAAAAAGUUAAUAACUUUGGUCUUAAGAGGAAAUUUUGUAACGAGACUUAAAUUAUUGUCAUACGAAUAAAAUAACAAUUUUGAUACAUA